AUGGCGAGCUUCAUUUCCAAAAGAGGCCGACACGGCCCCAAUCUCGACACACGCGCCGAGAUUUACAGCCUAUCACCAGUGCGGUUUGGAAGCCAACAAAUGCUGCUAAGUCCCAGACGUCAACCGAGAGCAGUCAGCAAGGUUCCGUACAAAGUUCUCGACGCUCCCGAACUGGCUGAUGAUUUCUACCUGAACCUUGUGGACUGGGGUAGCGCAAAUAUUCUCGGAGUCGGCCUGGGCUCCAGUGUUUACAUGUGGAAUGCGCAGACAAGCAAGGUCAACAAGCUCUGCACACUCGAUGACGACACUGUUACAAGCGUCUCCUGGAUACAAAAAGGAACCCACCUUGCUAUCGGCACCGGUAAGGGUCUGGUCCAGAUCUGGGAUGCCGAGAAGGCGCGCAGGCUACGAACGAUGACUGGACACACUGCACGGGUUGGAUCACUGGCCUGGAACACGCACAUCCUCACAUCCGGAUCGCGGGACCGACUGAUCUACCACCGCGAUGUGCGAGCCCCUGAUCAGUGGCUUAGGAAACUUGUUGGCCACAAACAGGAAGUCUGUGGAUUGAAAUGGAACUGCGAAGACGGCCAGCUAGCAAGUGGCGGUAACGAUAACAAGCUUAUGGUCUGGGAUAAGCUCUCGGAGACACCGCUUUGGAAGUUUUCAGAUCAUACCGCCGCCGUGAAAGCAAUCUCGUGGUCACCUCACCAGCGUGGUCUACUGGCCUCUGGAGGCGGUACUGCAGACCGCCGCAUCAUUUUCCAUGACACAGUCAAGGGUUCCGUCAUCAACGAGAUCGAUACCGGGAGUCAGGUCUGCAAUAUUGCUUGGUCUAAAAAUUCCAACGAGAUUGUAUCGACGCAUGGUUACAGUCAGAACCAGAUCGUUGUCUGGAAAUAUCCUUCCAUGACACAGGUCGCUAGUCUUACAGGUCACACCUAUCGCGUGCUUUACCUGGCUAUGAGCCCUGAUGGUCGAACAAUUGUGACCGGAGCUGGUGACGAGACUUUACGAUUUUGGUCCACCUUUGGUCGAAGACCUGGAUCUCGGGAAGAUGGCGAUAAUGGAGGUCGACUGGCCGAACUGGCCGUCAUCCGGUAAGACUCUUGUCUGAUGGCGAAAGAUGCUGAGGUGGUUUCGAGGGGUAUACAUAACCAAUCGAGCCUGUCUUGCCCAGCCUCUUAACCACAACUAAUGCCAUCGCGCAUAUCUGUAUCUCCAACUGCGGCAUUCGGAGACAUAAUAGCUACUGCAUGUAGCAGAAUAUCCGCUGCAAACACAUCAUAAAAGGCGAUUGCAUCAUGCAUUAAAAGGCGUUGCAUCUGACUCACGUUCUUCACUGGCUUAUGGGAGGGUUGGUGUUGGUCGGAUUGCUUUAAACGAACAUCUUGGGAUUUGGGGGCUUGCGGCGGAUUAUGACACCCCAUUUUGAAUUAACGAAUGGGUAUUACGAAGGAACGGACUCAAUUUAACUCUUUGUCCUGUACGCAGGCAAAGCAAAUUAGCGGUAAAGAUACAGCGAUUGUUUUCUGCAUAUGUCCACCAGGCUAUAAGGCCUUAGUAGCGUAACAGAUUAGCUGUUAGCUAAGGUAGAUAAAUGCCUAAUGAAUCUGAUGGGGCUGUGUCCCU